AUGCCAUCUCUCAAGGCAUCCAAUAAAUCCAAACGGAACUCCGGCGGCAUCCGCAAAUCAGUGUCCCCCACACGCACCGCCCCAGUCCAGCGUACCGCUAGCCCAUUCGUCUCUCACGAUAUCGUCACCUGUGUGUAUCAGCGGGUGAAGCUCCCCGGAUGGGGAGUGAACGGUUGGAAGUUGUUUACGACAAAGCAUAUGCUCCGGGUUGUGGAGGUGGAGUCGGAGGCUGAGGCGGUUGCGCAGUUGGCAGCUGCGUUGGAGUCGGAAAUGUCGUUCUUUAGCGAUGAUACCGCGAAGACUGGUAUUGCUGUUGAACAAGUUGAACGAGUUGAACAACUUGUUGAACGACCCGUUGGAAGACUUCUCGGACGACCUCUCUCAUUGCGGAUCCCGGGAUGUCGUCUUAAUCAUCGCGAGCCCGUGGCCAUGAGGAUGCGUUAA